AUGAACAGGCCGGGUUACGAUUAUGCCGCGCCUGCAUCCACUACUUAUUACGCGACCAAUAACCGGCCGCCGCAGUACGACCGCGGAUACGGCCAACUCACUGCCGGCCCCGUUUACAGCCCCUCUUCACACCCGCUAGCUAAUUACGCCGAUGUGUACGAGGGCAAUAACGACACCACGCUUCGAGCCGAAGAACGACACUGGUACAUAGAAAACCACAAAAGUUUACAACCAACGUACGAUGUCAACCACGAAACAAUACCUCAAGAUGCCAAAAUUAAAAAAGAAGAAGAGAAGAAAACUGAUGUCCCUGUACGAAGGGCUGAAGCAACGCUGCCAAGGCAGAGACGAAAAGAGGACAGAUGUUCCUGCGAGUGCUGGCCUAGUACCGACAAUAAUGUCAUUCAAGAUGCAGGUAAUGAAACUACGAGGUCGCUAUCAGGAGUGGAUAUGGUUGCAUCGUAUGGGGUGUACGGGAACCCGCAAGAUGAUGACAGUUCGGGGUUCGCUCGGCUUUCAGAAAAAAAUGCUAUGUAUGGACAAGGGAGCGAGGCUCCAGUGCAAGGGGUGAUAGUGAACCAGCAAGGAAAUAGUACCGUAGUGAGAUCAACAAAUUCAUCCGAGUCUGGUUGUAGCAAGUGUUGUGGAUUAUCGCCCAGUGCCCCCGCCGCGAAUUCAGAGGACUAUUGUUGGAUUCAUUACUGCAGACCUGCACUCAUAGGUCUACUGCUCUUGUUUUUUCUAGUCUUGUUGGGCGUGUCUACAGGGUUCCUAUUGACUAAUAAUUAUUUACAUUAUCAACCCAGGCCACCUGUCCCUGAAGAAGCGUGCGAGAAGACAUUCUGUCGGUGGGGCGCCGAAUGCGUGUCCCUCGGCGACGGGCGAGCGCACUGCGCGUGUCCGACCAGCUGCCCGGCGUCGCCCGCCGCCGUGUGCUCCACCGCCGGCCGCACCUACCGCAACCACUGCUACUUGAGGAAAGAAGCCUGUGAGAGGCGGCUGAACCUCCGCGUCAAACAUGAGGGCGAAUGCGCGGGUGAUCCCUGCACCAGCGUCACGUGUCCUACUGGAGCUAAAUGUGUGGUCACGAAUGGCCAACCCGAGUGCCGAUGCGCCAGGAGUUGUCAGCGAAGGAAACCAGUUUGCGGCACCGAUGGCAAGGAAUACCCAUCAGUAUGUCAUCUCGACAAGCAUGCGUGUGAAAAUCAACUUAACAUAACUGUGAAAUACCACGGGAAAUGCGAUCCAUGUUCUGAACACGAAUGCGCCGAUGGCGGCGUAUGUCAAUUAAACGAGCUUCGUCAACCGGCGUGCCGCUGCGGUCCGCCGUGUGACCUCGUCGUCCGGCCCGGAUCCGCCGUAUGCGGCUCCGACUAUCGGGACUAUCCGAGCGAGUGCGCACUGCGACGGGAAUCGUGUCGGACACGGCAGCAACUCACUAUAGCUUAUAGAGGAGAAUGUGCUUCAGCCCAACAUCCCUGCGACUCUGUGAAAUGUGGUCUACGCGAACACUGCUCUCUGGAUGCGCGCGGUGUUGCCGUAUGUGGCUGCGGGCCGGACUGCGAAGCUGUGGUUCGUCCCGUAUGUGGGUCGGAUGGCCGGACGUACGAAAGUCCUUGUUUGUUAGAAAGAGCAUCUUGUUUGGAAAAUCGAGAUAUACGGAUGGCAUACAUGGGAACUUGUGGCGUCGAAAAUCCAUGCGCACGCGCUACAUGUCCGUGGGGCGGAGCUUGCGUAUCACGCAUCGGAACGGCGCAAUGCGCCUGUCCGGUGUGUGCCCCCGCGCUGGCUCCCGUAUGCGCGUCCGACCAAAACACGUACGGCAGCGAGUGCAAGAUGAGGAUGCACGCUUGCCAAGAAGGAAUCAAGGAGGGAGAACUGAGGGUCCUUUAUAAUGGAACUUGCCAGUCGUGUGCCGACAUCGUUUGUCAAGGCGGGGGUGACUGCGCCAUGGAUGACGUCACCGGCCGGCCAGUUUGUAGGUGCAACCACAACUGCACUGAAGCGCAGGAAUCGGACGUGGUAUGCGGGACGGACGGACAGACGUACCCGUCGCAAUGUGAACUGGAUUCGAUGGCGUGUCGGGAACAAAGUGACCUCAGGAUUGCCUACAGGGGUGACUGCGCUCUAUGCGAAGGCGUUCAAUGCUCAUUUGGAGCUCAUUGUUCGGCCGGAGAAUGCAUAUGUCCCACUGAUUGUACCGGGGCUGCUCGGGAACCGGUGUGUGGAAGUACUAUGCAGACGUUUUCCAAUGAGUGUGAACUCCAAAAGGCUGCCUGUAAGCUACCCCCGCCUGCUACACUUCACGUCAUUUUUUAUGGAGAUUGCAAAGACAGACUUGCCGUUGUUCCACCCAUUGCUAUGACAACGACCGCGAUGACCACGACCGAAGCUGAGGAGGGGUCAACGGAUUCCUUGGGGCCAACAGACGAUAGUGCGACGCUCAGUACUUCAGCGUGUCGAGACAUCCGGUGCGAUUUCGGAGCCAGCUGCGAGAUUGGAGCCGAUGGGUAUCCGCGAUGCUCCUGCCUUUUUGAAUGCCCGCAUGAACUCGAAUACUUCCCCGUUUGUGCGUCAGACUUCAGAUUAUAUUCUAGCUUAUGUGCUAUGCGCAAGGAGGGAUGCCAAAAGCAACUUGAACUACGCCUGCGACCUUUGGAUCUUUGUAAAGGUAUGGAAGUCAGACCUUGUGGUAGUAAUAAAGCAAUGAUCGAUCCCACUACUGGACUUGAAAUCGACUGUGGUAAUGGGCCUCACCGUCAAGACUGUCCGAUUGGUACUUACUGUCAUAUAACACUAACAGCCGCGAGAUGUUGUCCUAAAAACGAUUCUCGGCAAACUGACGAGAAGAAAUCAGACCACUGUUCCGAUAGUGCUUUUGGCUGUUGUUCAGACGGGUCGACAGCGGCGACGGGUCCAAAUGAAGAGGGUUGUCCAAUUACAAGCUCGACUUGCGGUUGCAAUAGAUUGGGGUCCGUGUCAGAUCGGUGUGACGAAAAUGGGCAAUGCGCUUGUCGGCCGGGUGUCGGCGGCCUUAAAUGCGACCGCUGCGAGCCCGGGUACUGGGGGCUGCCGAGGAUCGGCUCGGGGCACACAGGAUGCAUUCCUUGCGGCUGCUCCGCAUUUGGCUCAGUAAGAGAAGACUGCGAGCAAAUGACGGGCCGUUGUGUGUGUCGGCCCGGGGUGCAGGGACAGAAGUGUACAGUUUGCGCGGACCACCGGCGAAGACUUGGGCCAAAUGGAUGUUCCGAUCCUGAAAGUGGUGGAGUUGUGAGUUCCUGUGCGGAACUGUCGUGUUAUUUCGGGGCCGUGUGCACGGAGAGGACCGGGGGCGCGCUGUGCGAGUGUGCGGCGGCGGCCUGCCCCGAUAGCGACACUAAUAUGUUGGUCUGCGGCAGCGACGGUAAAACAUACGAGUCGGAAUGCCACCUCAAGUUGCAAGCGUGUCGCACGCAAGAGGACAUUGUAGUACAAGCAUUCGGCCCUUGCAAAUUGGGUGAGCUGGCUGGCACGGCAGGUCCGCCAAGGCCCUCGUCCCCUAUACAAUUCACCCAACAAGACGACGGCGCCGCGUCAAAGUCCACUCGUCAUCUUUUAAAUCCGGACAAGUACUAUAAUAAAUAUGAGUGGACAAGAAAAGAGACGCCCAGCGACUUUGAUGGAAUACUGUCGGGACAAAAGUUUAGAGGUUCCCAAACUGCUACCACAGCAACAGUAGGAGCUGUAGGUGCGUUACUAGGAGAUCUGUGCGCUGAUGACAAUGAGUGCGCAGCAUUGCCCGGGGCGCACUGUGCACGUGGAGGUUGCGAAUGUCGGCCAGGGUUCGCACCCACUGUGCAUAGGAAAGCAUGUAUUGAACAAUCAACUCAAGAAACAACUGAAGAAUACAGCGCAUGUCUAUCUGAGCCGUGUUUCAACCUCGGCACAUGCAUAGACUUGCCAGGCUCGACGUACACAUGUGUGUGCGCCGGCCCUUAUACCGGUCUUAACUGUGAAUCUCUCGUAAAAGACGGACUGGGGUCGUAUAUCGAGACCCCUUUCUUUGACGGCUCAUCGUAUAUUCGUCUGAAACCGUUGAAGGCUUACCACAAGCUGAAUAUCGACAUAGAGUUCAAAGCUUUCUCGGAGAACGGAGUAAUAUUGUACAAUCAGCAGAAACUCGAUGGCACUGGUGAUUUUGUUUCACUCGCUUUGGUUAACGGAUAUUUAGAGUUUAGGUAUAACCUUGGAAAUGGGACGAUUGUACUCACGUCAUUUGAAAAGAUCACACUAAAUGAGUAUCACAAAGUGUCAGCAAAGCGAUACAACCGUGAUGGGAUUCUUACGGUGGAUGAUAUGGAAGACGUGGUGGGCCAAUCCAGUGGUCAUUUGAAGGCUUUGGACCUCGCCGACGACGCUUAUAUAGGCAGCGUGCCUACUAAUUACUCUAGGGUUUUCGAUAAUAUCGGCACUCGAAGCGGAUUUAUUGGGUGCGUGAAGUAUCUGAGGAUAAUACGUCAUCAAGUGACAAAGAAAUUGGGCCGGCCGGACUCAUUAGUAGUUUCUAUAGAAAACGUUCGCGAGUGCCAAUCCAACCCCUGUAUGAGUAUGCCUUGCAAGAACGGAGCUUCGUGUAACUCUGUAGAAGGGUCGGUGACCGAAUACACUUGUAUCUGCCCUAUCGGAUUCCAAGGAGGCAAUUGUGACGAGAGAUUAGAUCCAUGCGAGUCGAAUCCCUGUGGAUAUGAUGAGGGGCUAUUGUGUGACAUCGGCCCUGAAGGCGGACACGUGUGCCGCUGUUUGUUUGGAGGAGAAAUUGGCUCCAAUGGAAAUACUUGCAGUAAUGAUGUAAACGUUGUUCAGGAGACGUGGUCCCCUCAAUUUAAUGGAACGAGCUACAUUGAAUUACCAGCACUCGAAGGCUUGGGGAAGGCGUUCCGCAUCGAAAUCUGGUUUUUAACGAACCGCUUCUCAGGGAUGCUCCUUUACACCGGCCAGACUAAUAAAGCCAAGGGGGAUUUCGUUGCGAUUAACUUGGUUAAUGGAUACCUACAAUUUAGGUACAACUUGGGUAGCGGGAUCGCUAAUAUCACGUCACCAGUGCCCGUCACUAAAGGUCAUUGGCACCGAGUAAGAGUUUCACGUGUAGGUCGCCAUGGAAGCUUGCAACUUGACCACCAUCCGACUCAGAAAGGGAAUUCUGCACCACCGUUUACACAUCUAGAACUAAAUUUGCCUUUGUUUAUUGGAUCAUUACCAGCGUACAUUCGACCGCACAAGAUGUCUGGCGUGACCAGCAGUUUCAUAGGCGCAGUGCAACAGGUCUUCUUGAACGGAAACCCACUGUCUUUGUACAAUAGCGAGACGCCAAGAUGUGCAAUCGUACAUGAGGAAGACAAAUUGCCCUGCGCUACAAGUGGAGUGACAAAGUACGCGGGUCCCCCUUGUGGAGAUGGUCUGAGUCCGUGCAAAAACAAUGGAACAUGUAUACCUCUACUAAAUGAAUACAAAUGUAUAUGUCAGGAUGGUUACCAAGGCAGAAACUGUGAAAUACAAAACGUUGCUAUGCUAAGUGACCGUACUCCUAUUAAGUUUGAUGGAAAUAAUUACUUUUCCUACAGGAGUAAAGGAAACCGAAGGAAUCGCAACGCCCGUGGUGUUAGGUACGAAAUAAAAUUCCGAACAUACAACGACUCUGGUCUACUUUUGUGGCGGCGGAAGAUUGGGAUUCGGCCCCGAGAUUUCAUCGGAUUAGGCCUGAGUGAGGGGAAACUACAGCUUAUAUAUACAGAUACAGAUGUUAAAGAACUGAACUCGGCUACGAACGAAGAUUGGUUCCAGUGUAUUGGGUCCAAGGUCAGAGUAGACGAUGGUAUGUGGCAUACAGCCACUGUGAGAAGAAGAAAGAGGUUGGCCAUGCUUCAGGUGGACAACAGGCCACCCGUUAGAGGGUACUCUCAGUCUAUGCUGGUACCUUCGAAAUCAAACCCUAAGUUAUGGAUUGGGGGAUCACCAACUUUGCCUCUUGGCCUACCUCCGGCCCUCUACACUGGCUUGCAUGGAUGUGUUGCAAGCGUGAAAGCUAACGGGCGACACCUCGAUCUCACCACUCCGAUACGACCCGCUACAACUGUGCGACAAUGCAAUUAAAACGAGCGAUCAAUUACAAGGGUGUUAUGCGUCAAUUGCCAAGAAUAUAGUGAAAUUGAAAGUAUUAUUUUGAAGAUUUGUGUUUCUUAAUGUUUGCAAGUACCUGUUAAUGUACCUACCGAUACAUAUCCGUUCCGAACUUCUGUUCACCUUGUAAAAUAAGGAACCCAAAGGGAUGCAUGAAGUGCGUAAAUGAAUUCUUUAUUAACCAAAAUAAUAAGAUUAUGUUGCCAUACGUUUCUUUAUGUUGUAGAUUAAGAAAAAAAGGAGAGUGAAAAAAUAAAUAAAAAUUUCUUUAAAUUUGCUCUUGUGUAAUAAUCACGCCUUAAUUAUAAAAUAUAUUGUAUUCUGUCUUGGGAAAUCGGUGCUCGGAUAACACAUCAGAGGUAUAUUGUAAACAGAUGAAUUAUUGUGUGAAAGUACUGAACUAAGAAGACUCUCGAUAUUUUGUUGUUAUUUCUAGUGAAAAAUAUUAUAUUUAGACGAUUAGAUUAGCGUUUAAUGUAUCUUAUGUAAAAAAGACAGAAUUUGAAAGUGUACGAGAUAUUUAUUCAGAGAAAGAUGAUAGGCUUUAAUAAUCACAUUCCAAUUGUUUAAGACAUAUGCUUUUAUUACGAAUUUAAUUUCCUGUAUCAAUGUUCCGAUAUUAAGUGAUAUUACUUCAUCGUUUUAUCCCAAUUUCUUUAUACCAAUUGUAAGAUAUUUAUUUCACAUAUGUAAACAUUGUAAAGGUGCCAUAAUAAUUUACAAUAGUUAUUAGUUAUUUAGUUAUCUGCGUGAGUUCAGAAAGCUGUGCUUAGUAAUUUAUUUUAUACAGAGAAGGUUUCAUCCAACACAAAUGCGGCUCCUAAUUUUAAAAUUAAUGCUUUUAUAGUGGGAUGUGCAAUACCUAUACCACAUUAUUGCAACAACUUGUCUGAAGAAUAUUGUUUUUACUUAAACUCUUUCUUAUUAGACAAUAUGUAUAUUGUUUGGACAACGAUACAAUAAAACAUAUCUACUGGUAUAGAUUGUAUAUGAAAAAAAUCGAUCUUUCUUUGCUUUACCGUAUUUUACCGAAUAUUAAAAUGCAGUUUUGUUUUAUGUUUAACAAUAUUUACAAAGGAAGCCGCAUAAUUUUUUUUUUUUUUAAUUUGUCAAACGUUAUAAUGCUACCUAAGAUAUGAUUUAUUAUACCAGUCCACUGGCUUGUAUUAUAUGUAAAUAAUUGAA